AUGGCUCCACGAUCUUUCAAGAAACUCGUCGUCGCUGUCAGCGGGACCUUUCCCGGCUACAAGCAGGCUGAUCUGAAGAGCCUUGUUGAAGGCCACGGCGCUACAUUCUCUGGCUCCGUUGUGGAGUCAUGCACGCAUCUCAUCACGACUGAAAAGGAUGUGGAAAAGAACACCAUGAAAUACAGAGCUGCUUGUGAAAUGCAGUCUUGUCAGGUUGUUUCUCUCGACUGGUUGCUUGAUUCACUCAAGGCGAGGAAGCCACUCGCUGAGGGAAAGUACAUCAUGGGCUCUGGUUCUGGCCAAAACGAAUCCGAUCAGGACGUGCUGGAGGAUGCCGAGGAUACGAAGACUGUUAUCCAGAUAGACUCGACGAAUGGUGCUCCAAAUAAUACAGCAACUACCAUGAAGAAGUCAAAGAUUGGCGUUCAAAACAACCUCCCGACCGGUACCAAGACAAAUGGGAAGGAGAACGCCCAGGCCUCAGGCAAGAAGCGCGGCUCCGCAUUACUUGAUAGCAUGGAGGAAGAUGCAAGCAAGAAGACCAAGGAUGCCCAAAAGUCUGGGUUCAAGAACCUUAGCAUCCCCGUUGAUGAAGGUUUCCGUCGAAUGGAAAUCCAACACAAAGAUCCCCAAGUCUACGUCGAUGAUACAGAGCUCAUAUGGGAUGCAACCUUGAAUCAGACAGUGGCUGCUCAGAACAACAAUAAGUUCUACAUCAUCCAGCUGCUUUCCGUAUCCGGCGGCAAGAAUUACUUCACCUGGACCCGAUGGGGCCGUGUUGGUGAGUAUGGACAGCAUGCCUGUCUGGGAAGCGGUAACCUGGAGGAGGCAAUCGGUCACUUCAAGAAAAAAUUCAAGGACAAGUCGGGUUUGAACUGGGAGAACCGACUUGACCCCCCGAAGAUGAAGAAGUACACCUUCAUCGAGCGCAAUUACGAAGAGGACGACGAAGAAGAGGAGAAUGUGAUCAAGAAGGAGGAAGGCGAAGAUAGCAAAUCUGGAAUUGAGAGUGCUCUAUCUAAGCCCCUGCAGAACCUCAUGAGCUUCAUCUUCAACAGCGAUCACAUCAACUCGGCCUUAGCGUCCAUGUCAUAUGACGCAAAGAAGUUGCCAUUGGGAAAGUUGUCAGACCGGACGCUCAAGAAUGGAUUCACAAUUCUGAAAGAACUAUCUGAGCUCAUCGCGGAUCCGAGCCUGGCAGGGUCCAAGUACGAAACAGAUUAUGCGACCGUGUCCGAGCACCUUAGCGACCAGUAUUUCACCACCAUCCCACACGUCUUUGGUCGAAACCGACCGCCUGUGAUCAACUCGGACGCCCAGAUUAAGAAGGAAGUUGAGCUUCUGGAAGCUUUGACUGAUAUGGAUGUCGCCAAUGAAAUCAUGAAAGAUUCCCGAGAGGCUGAUGAGAUCAACCAACUUGAUCGACAAUUCCAAAGCCUCGGAAUGGAAGAGAUGACCCGGCUUGAUCACAAGUCGAGUGAAUUCGCUGAGCUGUCCAAUUAUCUGUCGAACUCACGUGGCCAAACACAUCAUCUUCGCUACCAGGUCAUCGAUAUCUUCCGCAUUGAGAGACGGGGUGAGAAUGAUCGCUUCAACGCAUCUGUCCAUGCAAAUCUCAAGAACAGUGACCGUCGACUUCUAUGGCAUGGCUCCCGAAGUACGAACUUUGGUGGAAUCCUCAGCCAGGGUCUACGCAUUGCCCCACCAGAAGCUCCCGUGAAUGGUUAUAUGUUCGGCAAGGGUGUGUAUCUCGCAGACAUGUCCAGCAAGUCUGCCAACUACUGUUGUCCGUAUAGCAGUGGAAACAUGGGAUUACUUCUGCUUUGUGAUGCUGAGCUCGGGGACCCCAUGCUUGAGCUGGUCAACGGUGAUUACAAUGCGGGUGAAAACGCCGCCAAAGAGGGCAAGAUUGCCACCCUGGGAAAAGGUGAAAGCAUCCCUGCGGGAUGGAAGGAUGCAGGCUGCCUGAAUCCGGCUUUACAGGGUGUCAAAAUGCCCGACGUCAGCAAUGGUACUGCGCACAGAGACGAUGGGGCCUGGCUGCAGUACAACGAGUACAUCGUCUAUGAUGUAGCCCAAAUCCGCCAGCGAUAUUUGUUCUACGUUCACAUGCAAUAG